AUGAUACGCCGUUUUUUCCGUUCCAGCCCCAGAACACCGUCUUUUUUCUGCAAAAUGUCCACCAACGCACACGACCCUGCGUCCUUGCACAAUCCUUACUUCCAGCAAAACCCCACGCAAAAAGAUGUGUGGUCUUUGAUCAAUGAAACCGCAGCCACGGCGCAAGAAGAGUUGGGGAAGCCUGUGACUAAUUUGGGCCAAGGCUUUUUCUCCUACAACCCACCGGACUUUGCUUUGGACGCCGUCAAACACGCAUUGACGAAGCCACAAUUCAACCAGUAUGCCCACGCGCGGGGCAACCCCAAUCUCUUGAAGAGUUUGGCCAAGUUCUACACCGAAUCCUUUGGUCGGCCAGUGGAAACAGGCGAAAUCCAAGUGACUACAGGCGCCAACGAAGGCAUGUUCGCUGUGUUUUUCGGCUUCUUGACUCCGGGCGACGAAGUGAUUGUGUUUGAGCCUUUCUUCGAUCAGUACAUCCCCAAUGUGGAGAUGACUGGAGCCAAGUUGAAGUUUGUGCAACUCAAGUAUCCUCAGAAAUUCGACUCGGAGAACGUGGCUGGCGACGACUGGCAGGUGGACUGGGAGGGAUUGGAAAAAACCAUCUCGCCCAAAACAAAAAUCAUCGUUAUCAACACGCCGCACAAUCCCAUCGGCAAGAUCUUCAAUGAGGAAGAGCUCAAGCGGAUCGGCGAGUUGGCCAUCAAAAACAACUUGAUUGUGUUAUCUGACGAGGUUUACGAAAACUUGUACUACCAACCUACGUUCCCUCGUCCUGCCACUUUGGCAUCAUUGCCUGCUUUGGCAGAGAGAACAUUGACGGUGGGAUCUGCUGGAAAGUCUUUUGCUGCCACUGGAUGGCGGGUUGGCUGGGUUCAAGGACCUGCGGAAUUGAUCAAAUACGUCACUGCGGCACAUACAAGAAUCUGUUUUUCCACGCCGGCGCCAUUGCAACAGGCUGUUUCGGAAGCUUUUGAAAUUGCUUCGACAAACGGUUACUUUGAGAAAACGAGAAAGGAGUAUGAACGCAAGUACGAGAUUUUUGAGAAGGUCUUCCAAGAGUUGGGCUUGCCUUACACUAGUGCCGAUGGAGGAUACUUUCUUCUUGUCAACCUUCUGAAAUUGAAGAUUCCCCACGACUACGUCUACCCAGAAGAAAUUGCUGCACGUGGAACCAAUGACUAUAAAUUGGCAUACUGGUUGAUCAAAGAGAUUGGUGUUGUGGGAAUCCCACCCACAGAGUUCCUUGUACCCCAGCACAGAAAGGGAAACCCAUUAGAGAAUGCCUUGCGGUUUGCGGUUUGCAAAGACGACUCUUUGUUGGAGGAGGCGGUAACCCGUUUGAGAAAGUUGAAGGACUAUUUGUAG